CGACUUGACACGCACGCCAUCAUUGUCCCCCUGCGCGGUCGCGCGCAUUGUUCUUUGCCCAUCGUUCUCAACGAGACUACUGCCCAUCAUGGAGCUCACAUAUGAUACCUUGAUGGACGAUGGCAACUACCUGGGCUCCGAACGCGCACGCGCCGAGAACCAGGCGCUGCUCGAUGAGCUCGAGCGUAAGAAAAAGGCGCGCGCUAUGGCGGUCCCGACCGACGACAACCGCGUCAAGAUGCGCCUGCGAGAGAUUGGGGAACCUAUCACGCUUUUUGGCGAACGCGCAGCAGACAGGAGAGAUCGUCUCAUCUAUGUGCUGUCCCAAAUCAACGCCGCGCGGGGGGACGACGGGAUGCAGAUGGAGGUCGAGUCAGACUCAGAGAGCGAGGAGGAGGAAGAAGAAUUCUACUCCCCCGGAUCGCUGGAGCUGCUUGAGGCGCGGCGGCGAAUAGCCGAGUUCUCUCUCCCCAGAGCUCAGAAGCGCGUCGCCCAGCAGCGUCUGGAGACCAAGAUCGAGCUCAAGCGGCUCGUUGAUAUACGGAAGAAGGUUUUUGGCAACGUCAAGCGCUUCGCAAACUUGGGCUCCCAGAUCGGCGAUGAGCGACCUAUCUCGCAGGUCCGCUUCUCCCCUAACAACGAAAUGCUGGCGACAGGUAGCUGGUCAGGCUGCGUUCGACUGUGGCGCGUCCCAUCUUGUACCCCUAUCCGCACCCUCCGAGGUCACAGCGACCGCGUCGGCGGCGUCGCAUGGCAUCCUCAAGCCACCCUAUCCCUUGGUCCCGACCAAGUUAAUAUUGCAAGCGGCGCGGGAGACAACUGUGUCAAUCUGUGGUCACUCAACAGUGACCAGCCGCUAGCGAUCCUGCAAGGACACCAAGGCCGCGUAUGUCGCGUUGCGUUCCAUCCUUCGGGCGACUAUGUCGCGAGUGCGAGCUUCGAUACGACGUGGAGGUUGUGGGAUGUUAAUACACAGAAGGAGCUGUUAUUGCAGGAGGGUCACUCGAAAGAGGUCUACUCCGUUGAAUUUCAGGACGACGGCGCGUUGAUUGCGUCUGGGGGCCUUGACGCAAUUGGACGCGUAUGGGACCUACGUACAGGACGCACUGCAAUGGUCCUCGACGGGCAUGUACAGCCAAUCUACUCAAUGUCUUUCUCCCCCAACGGCUACCAAAUCGCUACUGGCGCCGGAGACGACACCAUACGCAUAUGGGACAUGCGCUCACUAAAAGCGCUAUACACCAUCCCCGCCCACUUGUCCAACGUCUCCGACGUUCGCUUCUUCCGUGCGAACGACAAGUUCUUUGUCGAGCCUACCGCUACGACGCAGGACGCGGACGUGGAGAUGAAGGACGAGACGUCGGCGCAAAAUGGGGACGCGGCAAAAGUGAGCUCGCAGAAUGGCGACGCGAAAGACGGGGAUGGCGGUGAGGCGAAAGACUCCCAAGACGCCGCCGCCGACAAAUCCUCCGACAAGCCCGACACCUCUGCAUACACCUGGGAAGAGUGGAAGUAUCGCUCGGGCUUGUUCUUCGCGAGCGCGGGCUACGAUGGCCUCGUCAAGCUCUGGAGUGCAGACGACUGGCAGUUGCUCAGGACACUGUCGACGGACGCGGGCAAGGUUAUGUCGUGCGAUAUAACCAGUGACGGGGGGAUGAUUGCGUCAGGGACGUACAAUCGGAACUUCCAGUUGUAUGGGAUGGAGGAUGUGGUUUAGGGAGGUAUGUGUGGGGGGUGUCGAGGGAGUAGAUUUAUCUCGAAGAUGGACUAUAUCUUGGUCGCGGAGUCCCACUACCCAUUCCUGCGAAUCACAUUGUCAGACGACUACGGUUCCUUCUGCAGCGAGAAGUUGAGAAUCGCCAAUGUGCGCUUGUGCGAGGA